UUUGUAAGUAGAAAGAUGUUAAACCUUUUUACCCUGGGAAGAGUUUCUGCUUCCGUUUGGCUGCUCCUGCAAGGUCCGGAUACCGGGAAGCUCCUGCAGCAUCUGGCUGCUGUGUCUGCAGCACGCAGCCUUUACGAGGUGGCUUUGAAGUUGCCUUUGGAUUCGAAUGCCCGCAGGUCCAGCAGCGCUUGGCAUGUGGGCAUGGAGGGGCAGCACGAGCACCCGCAGCAUCUGGGGGACCAGACCAGCGCCCUUUGCAAGCUGCCAGGCCAGGACUUCCAGCACGACCCACAGAGACAUUUAACGUCAUACCCGUAUCGCUGCACGCUGGCAGACUUUCAGAUAGAGAAAAAGAUCGGACGAGGACAAUUCAGUGAAGUUUACAAAGCAACUUGUCUUCUGGACAGAAAACCUGUGGCAUUAAAGAAAGUUCAGAUUUUUGAAAUGAUGGAUGCCAAAGCUAGGCAAGAUUGCAUUAAAGAGAUUGACCUCUUGAAGCAACUGAACCACCCCAAUAUAAUUAAAUAUUUGGAUUCUUUCAUUGAAGACAAUGAACUUAACAUUGUCCUGGAGCUGGCAGAUGCUGGUGAUCUCUCUCAGAUGAUAAAGUAUUUUAAGAAGCAGAAACGGUUAAUCCCAGAAAGGACGGUGUGGAAAUAUUUUGUGCAGUUAUGCAGUGCGGUUGAACACAUGCACUCCCGCAGGGUGAUGCACAGAGACAUAAAACCAGCCAAUGUGUUUAUAACAGCCACAGGGGUGGUGAAGCUGGGAGAUCUUGGAUUAGGCCGGUUUUUUAGUUCUAAAACCACUGCAGCACAUUCCUUAGUGGGAACUCCAUACUAUAUGUCCCCAGAAAGAAUACAUGAAAACGGCUAUAACUUUAAAUCCGAUAUCUGGUCUUUGGGCUGUUUAUUGUAUGAAAUGGCAGCUCUUCAGAGUCCCUUUUAUGGUGAUAAAAUGAACUUGUACUCGCUGUGCAAGAAGAUAGAGCAGUGUGACUACCCGCCUCUUCCAGCUGAACAUUAUUCUGAGAAGCUCCGGGAGCUGGUCAGCAUGUGCAUAUAUCCUGAUCCGGAUCAAAGACCCGACAUUGGUUACGUGCACCAAAUAGCAAAACAAAUGCAUGUCUGGACCUCCAGCACCUGAACCAUCUGCAGACACUCUCAAAAGCCAGCACAGCUUAGUCUUACUUGAAUUUUUUUUCUCAGAUGAAACCGACUGGUGCCCAGUCAGCGGGUGAGGGGAGGAGCGGCUUGUAGCGAGAUGCUCCCCUAUCUCUGCAGGUUAUUUGACAAGGACUCUCACAAGGUGGUCAUGCUUUAAAGUGAAGAUUCUGUGAGGUAUUGCAAGUGAUUUUUUUUUUUUUUUUUUUUAAGCCAAUAAGAUGUUACAGGUGUAGAUCAUUUAAGGGUCUUUUCUUAAACUGUCGUGUGUAAUCUAGGAUAGAUGAUAUUAACUGGGGUGUCAGUGUUGGGCACACCUCCUCUAUCUUAACUGUAAUGUGAAAUAUUGAAAUAAUUCCUUCAGUGAAAUCACUUUAUACUAAUGUAAGAAUUUCAGUAGAUUUUGUGUUGUUUGUAUAACUGCUACUUUGCCUCUUCCGCAAAUGGUUUAUAGCAAAUUUCAGUUUUUACUUUGUGUAUUUUAAAGCAUCCAUUUAUGUGUUUUUAUUAAUUCCCUCCUUCAGACUUAGAACUGGGAGGGGUUUGGGGGGGGUGGGAGGGGGUAGAAAUGCAUUUGUUUCAUGACUUUUCUUUUUUCUUUUUUAACUGAAAACUUAAAGUGAGAGUAUUUUGCCGCUGCGUUGGGCUGUUAAUUCAGCCCCUGAGCUGAAUGCAGUGUACAGCUGGGGAGGAAAACCCACAAAUCCUGUGCAAACCACCCCACAGAAGCGUGCUUCAUGGGGCCUUUCUGAGCACCUGUUUGUCCCGAGUCGUGUGAGACUGCAGGUUGUUGGAAAAGCAGCAUUUCUUUCCCCCAGCUGGGUUUUUGGGAAGAUGCCUGUACACAUUCAGUAGUAUAUUAGGUACCAGUAGGUAGAACUUUAAGCAAAGCAGUGUUUUAAACUAUUUGAGACGUACAGAAACCAAGUCAGUCAAAGGCUGUGUAUCGUAUUCCACACAAGGAUCAGCCCCAUCUAUUUAACUAACUGUGAAAGCUGAUUUAGAAUGUGAAUUUUUAUAAAAAUCUCAAGCUGAUUAGGAGGGGUCGUCAUCUUGGAAUUAAAACUUUAAACCAACUAAAUUCAUUCAUUGAAUCAAUGGUUUGUUUCAUUACUGCCAGUGACAAACAUUGCCUGCUUCAGGAGCGGCCCCACCUCACAGUGCAGUGGUUGUGCUGGGGGGCAGCAGUGCAGAGCAGUGCAGAGCAGUGCAGGUGGCACAGAGUGGAAGCAGCGCUGCUUUGCUGCUGCUGAGCUGCAGUCUGUGUGCUGCAGUCCCAGGGCAGCCUCUGCCUCUUUUGGUUUUCUUCAAGAAAUGAAUAAAAACCUGAACUUUUUUUUUUUUUUUUCCUUCAAUAAGGUUAGGGUUAGAAGGUUAUAUACUCAUAUAUGCUUUUAGUGGAUUUUUAACUUGAUUUUUCUCUACUUAAAGGAAAAUUGCAGUGCCGUCUUCAACUACUUUCCACCAAAUUUUGUGUAUUUCAUAGGGUAGCAAGGAAAGCUACUAAUUGCUAUGAAUGAUGUCUGUUGGUAUCAUUAAUGCAAGGUGCCAUGUUAUCGUGGCUUCUCAGCAGGAAGCUGAGCCUGCUGCUCUCCUGAGAGCCUGAGGAAAUUCAAAUCAGCACAAGAAUGGAGGAGAGGCGGCACGUUGCUUCCCACAUUCCCAAGCCAACUUGUUUAAUUUAGAGCCAUCUUCUUUAGCAAUUCUUAGGUGUAAGACUCCAGACUGUCACCUUUACACUGCAGGUUUCCUUUAAGCCAUGGCAGCAGUGGGCUGGGCUGGCUGUGCUGGUGGUGGUGUACCCAGCUCUGCCCUCUGGGGAGCACAGCUCAAACCACAGCAGUGCCUCGAGCGGCUCCGCUCACUGUCUUGCUACAUAAAAUCUAUUAGUGCCUAUAAGUAAAUGUAUUUCAAAAGGUAAUUUUUUUUUUCAAUUGUGCAUUUUUAGAUAAAUAAAAAAAAAUGAUUUACAAAAUAAA